AGUCACGGACACAUGGUGUGUUUGGUUGGAUCUCGUCCCGGUCUUUCACCUCCAACAAAACACAUCCUAAUCGACUCGCGACCCCGUUUCCCGGAGAGCCGCGACGGUGCGACGCCGAACUCCCUAACCCUAAGUCCCUAAGCGUAGGCGGCGGGGGGCGGCGGUGCGAGGCAAGCUGCACAGCAACACGGGCCACGGGCGCGGCCUCCGCCUCCGCCUCCACGCUUCUGCUGCUAGGCUGCAAGGGCGGCGGCGCGGCGCGGUGGGCGGCGGACAGCUGGCCAGGUCCAGCCCAGUAGUCCAGGUGACGAGGUCCGCACUCCGCAACGGUUCUGGCGUUCUGCAGCUGAGGAUAGACGAGAGAGGAAGUGAGGAUUUAUAUUAGUGAUUUACAAGGCAACUUGAAAGACAGCAGGGUUGCAUCCCACAAUGUCAGCUCCCAACAGUGAUAGCAACAUGCAGCAGCUAGUCCCUAUAGCACCACCAGGAAAGGCUUCUGGUGGUGACAGUGGGAAGGAGCUGGUUGUGGCAGAUCCUGCAGGUAAGAGAUCAGGAGGUGUAAAACUGCGAGAGGAUGAGGAAGACCUGGAGGUGAAGCUCAGGCGCAUCAUGGAGAAUGUCCCUGUGCGUGUCAGUAACACAUCAGGGUCAUCUGCUGGCUCUGGCUCUGGUGAUUUCCACCAGUAUCGGCAAAUGAGGAGGAGAGAGCAGGACCGUCUAGCACGAAUGGAUGCGGACUACCAGAAGAGAAAAGAGAUAGCUGAGUUCGAACUGCGGAGGGAGGAGAGGAUGAAAGCAGCUGAGGAGCGGACAGCCAAGAAGCGCCUGAAACGGCAAAAGAAGAAACAGCGUAAGAAAGAGAAGCGAGCUAAAACUGGUGAUAAUGGUGGUGAAGAACCUAACAGAGUGGAGUCGUCUGACGAUGACGAAGGCUCAGAUGACGAUGACAAGUCCAAGCAAUGACACGUCAAUUUCGCACCUGAAGAUGAUUUCGGACUCUCUGGUUGUCUGGGCAAUGAAACAAACGUCUGUACGGUUGUUGUAACAGGUUACAGGGCGAAUCUGGUGCUGUUUCUGUAAGAGGAUAUGAUAUUCUGAGCAGAGAUGGAUAGCACUAGAUAAUUUGCUGUUAGUGUUCAUCAUUCAGAGAAGUGACCUGCGUCAGUACCUUUUGUUCAGGUCUAUAUUAUAUCAGCUGCCUUUUUUGGCUCCA